CAUCGAACACCUGGCAAUCUAGGACUGACUUCCAUUACAAUAACCUUCACUCUAAUACACGUGGCAAAAGUUCAAAAGCCUUUCAGCACACGUUUCACCUAUCCAACUUUAGCUCCUUCUUUUUUCAUUUCGAAGCCUUCCUUCUGAUUGUUCGUCGUCGUGGAACGCAGAGAACAAGAAGAUAAUGCACCGCUUCAAAUCCUCUCUUCGGUAUCCCAAAUUCGCUGCAUACAGUUUCGUAUCAAAACGUUUCUCUCACCUCGAAACCGCCGGGCCCCUGGCCUCGCUCCUCGGGUCCCGCUCUGUGGUCCGCUUCCGAGGUCCUGAUACUUUGAAGUUCCUCCAGGGCCUGCUGACGAACGAUGUACGGAGGUUCGGUGAACCUCUGGGCGAGAGAACCUCGACCUUUCCCACGCCCAAUUUGCCCGCCUUGUCUGUCCCGCCCAUGUACGCCGCGCUCUUGACUCCUCAAGGAAGGUUUCUGUACGACCUGUUCUUGUACAUGCCGCCGAGGCCUGAGGCCAAGCUCGAUAGGAACGGUUCCGGACCCGGUUCGAACUCGGACGAGUCGUUCCAGCUGUUUGCGGAUGUGGAUGCAACUGUUUUGGAUGAGCUCUUGCAGACCUUCAGGAAAUACCGAUUAAGGUCUAAGGUUGAGAUUGAGAAUGUCGCAGAAGACUUCUCUUGCUGGCAGCGUUAUGGUGGGAACCUUUCUGAAAAGUCGUUAUCUGCAGAAGAACCAGAGGCUGCCAGUGUUGGCUGGGGUGGUGGUGUUGAUCGCACUGGAGUGUCAGCUUCACGUGGAGUUAAUCUUGGAUGGCAAUGGUUUAAGGAUCCCAGAUUGGAUUCUCUUGGUUUCAGGGGGAUCUUCCCAUCGGACACGAUACCACCUUUGGUCGAGGCUGACAAAAAAACAGAUGAACAGAAUUAUCUACUCUGGAGGUUGCAGAAGGGAGUUGCAGAAGGCUCGACUGAGAUUCCAAAAGGAGAGGCAAUUCCACUUGAAUACAAUCUUGUGGGUCUGAAUGCAAUAAGCUUUGACAAAGGGUGCUACGUGGGCCAAGAGCUUGUUGCUCGUACGCAUCACCGGGGUGUCAUUCGUAAGCGUGCAGUUCCUUUAAGGUUUCUCACUGACAGUGGAGAAGAGGUGGAGCAGAAAGUCGCUCCUGGCUCAGAAGUAAAGGACGAUAGCUCCCACAAGAAGGUUGGUACGGUGACAACUGCACUAGGGUGUCGUGGGCUGGGACUUCUGCGGUUGGAGGAUGCCUUCAAAGGAUCGGGUGCAUUGAUUAUACAAGGACGCGAGGAUGUGAAGGUCGAGGCUAUUAGACCAGAUUGGUGGCCUGCUGAAUGGUUUCAAGAGCAUCAACAGCACAGUGCUGUUGCUUAGAGUAGCCCUCCUGUCUUGGCGAGUAUGCUGGCCGUGAAUCUUCUUCGAAGGGUUGAAACCUCGUAGCUCUUCAGUUUUUUUCCCUUCUUCUGAGAAAUAAAAUGAGGCCGUUCUCUAUUCUUUAUUGCCAGAAAGAAAGAAAGAAAGAGAAUUUUUGUAGAAACCCUGAUUUGCACAUUAAUUCCUCAAAUAGCAUUUAAAAUUUUAGCGAGGGGAAAUAGAAAGAAUGUUGUGGGUAGAGAACUCGAGGAAAAAUGGAUGGAAAGUGGAUAAUAAUGUAACUUUGUUUUCUCAA